AUGCUCAAAAAACUAUUGUUUGCCCCAAUUCUCACUGCCAUAUGCGCUGCUGAAUUGGUUUCAAUUGCCAAUUACACUGGUAAACAUGAUUCUAAUUGUAUGUUUCAACAAACUGUCACUGGAGCCGUGGUCAAUGACAAGCUAUACACAUUUGGUGGCUGCUUCAAAAUACCUUAUGUUGUGGAUCCCAACGAUUCUCGGGAAAGCUACAUAUCUUAUGUGAGUCGCCAAAACACCACUGAUCUAUCUCAAGUAUACGACAUUUUCAGGGACGCAUGGUCAUUUGAGACCAAAACUCCAAUUCCCAUCAAGCAUGCCGCUACACAAGUUGUAAAUAAGACGAUUUACUUUUUUGAUAUGAAACCAGAGAAACGUUAUUCUUCCAUGGGCAUGUACAAAUACGACACAGAGUCAAAAUCAUGGACUACAUUACCGGAAAUACCGUUUCUCUGGCAUGGUAAUCUCAAGUCAUGUUACGACGGUAGAGGCAAAGUUUAUUUUGUUGGUUCUUAUGACGGACAAGAGAGAAAUAUAGUGCAAAUAUUGGAUACAACCAAUGACCAAUGGAGUCAAUCGCCUAUUUUCAUGGACAAACGACUGGAUAUCUGGCAAAUGAUUUGCAACCAAGACCACAUUAAAUUCAUUGCCAAAGACUUGAAAAAAAUAGAAGAUGAAGACACUGACAGAACUGUUUGGUAUGGCGGCGAAAUCAUGUCUGACACUUUGGAGUUGUUUAGCACCUCCUAUCUUGAUGGAACUACGGUAUCAGACAACUACACCUUCUCUCUAAAUUACGGAAGCGGAACAAUCGGUCGUCUUGGUAGCUGGAUCUUUGUAGGUAAUGUUGGUAGAACUGAGACCACAUUCUACAGAUUAAACACAAUGACACAAGAAAAUGUAACCAUGGCAACGUUACCUUACAAUUUAGCAGCGCCACUUAUUGCUCCUGUAAACGAGAGGGAAAUCUUGAUUUUGGGCGGAAGUAAGCAACUCUCUUACGACAGAACUCAUAGAAAUGCUAUUAAAAACUACAACCACAAGCUGAUCUAUACACCUCGUAAAUAUGAUGAAUUGUAG